AUGGUAAAGGAGAUGAUAGGGGGCUGUUGUGUUUGUUCGGACGAAAGAGGAUGGGAAGAAAACCCGUUGGUUUAUUGUGACGGACAUGGCUGCAAUGUUGCUGUGCAUAAAGGUGCUUGCUCUUGGCGCUGUUUAUUAUUUUUUCAUUGUUCACUGAAGAGAUGUCUCUGAUCGUUCUAUUUUUUUGACCAUCAGCUUGCUAUGGAAUCGUUCAUGUACCUAAAGGACCGUGGUUUUGUCGAAAAUGCGAGUCUCAGGAGAGAAUCGCUCGAGUCGUGAGUUAUAUACUUUACGUUGUUAAAAUGUUAUUAUUGACAGCCCCUGUUCAUAUGAAACGACAAUAUUGAUGAUUGUUUAGCGGAAUCCUUCCCCCAAAAUUAUUGGUAAAAGGAAUUUUGCGUUGCUCACAGGAAGAAUUGUCACGAACUUCUUGUUUACAAGUUGGCGUGACCUGCAGGUUGACUUACAUGUAGGUUGUAGAUUUCAUGCUGACAGUUCCAGUUCAGUUAUUUAAAUAUCGUCCAUAGAGUAAUUCGUACGAGGUUUAUCACUAGUUUAAGAGAAGAGCCAAUCUGUUUUAUUUUCUGAAUACCAUGUACAAGUUGUGAAUUUUUCAGUUUGGAUGUUUUUAAUUUUGAAAGUCUAACAGUCUAUUUUUUGUAAUUUUGAAAUAAACAGUGGAAAAAUGGGAAAACUAGGGAUUUGAGAUUUUUCUUGUGUUAUCGACUUAUCGUGUUUCUACCAUAGUCAUUAGGACUUGCAUAAUUUAUUUAAUAACCAGUUAAAUUUUUGGCUUGUAACAACGGCCUUGUGUUGCAUGUAACUAAGAUGGCAUAAAUAUUCAUUGUUCCUUUGGCCUUUAGAAAUGAUGGUUCACUGAGUAAAUAUUGAAUCAAUGAAUAUAUAAUUAACAGUUAUUGGACGAGGCUGAGCCAAAUAUUGUAAUUUGUCAGUGGCAAGCAGAUCAAUAAUUUGCCAAAGCAGAAGGCUGAGGCAAACUUAUUGCGAUCUACCAUUUUCACACAAGAGCGAUCGCAAGAAGCAUAAAAGUGUGGUUUCAUUGACACAUGAGCAGAAUAUUAUUUGGAGCCUGACGCAGCUGGAUGACAUUGCACAUGAGCUGUAAAAAGGCAUUUAUUUAAUUUGUAGUCAUAUUGUGCACACUCAUCCAAUAAAAAAGGAAGAAAAUUUUGCAUGGAAUGAUAAUUUCAUAUAUUGGAACUGCAAAAUGAAGAAAUAAAUGCAAAGAAACAAUACAAUACAAUAUAAUACUUUAUUCAAGAGAUAAAAACUAAAGUUUCAAAUAUCUCUCGAAAGGGGAUAUCUAGAGGUCAACCCUCUAUAAAAGAUUCCCCAAAAUAAAAGAUGAAAAGGUAAAAUCUAGAAUCUAAAUUAAGAUUAUAUACAGAGAGAAAAAUCUAAAACCUAAAAACUAGAAUAAAAAACAUUAUUUGCACAUCCUAAUUAAAACUAUUUACAAUCGUAUUAAUUAAUAUUCAUAUAAAUCCUUAAUCUGUUGUGAAAUAAAGUCAGCGAUCCUGCAUGUACAACAUCUUUAGGCAAGUUAUUCCACGCAUUAAUGAUCCAUACAAAGAAAGAAUAUUUGUAGCAAUUUAGGAUGGCAACUUUAACAUAAAAAUUGUAAUCGUGAUUAGCUCUAGUUAGAUGACGCUGAGUAAUUUCAAAAAAGUCGCAAAAAGGAAGGCUAUCUAUUCCAAAAAAUAUCUUCUAGCGCUGAACUAGAGAUAAGAACUCUCUAUGUUUCUCCAAAGAAGAUCAUCGUAGUGAAAGUCAACAAUAUAUACAGUUGUGAAAAGGAAGCCCAAAAAUUUUCUGGCUUUCUUGAGAAAACUGCACAAGCAUUAAUGUUAACUGUCAUAUUUGAAUGAAUAGGUAUAUUCUUUCUAACUUUCUGGUUCUUGAUUUGCUUGCACAGAAAUGUGAGCUAUGUCCAUAUAAAGAGGGAGCAUUGAAGAGAACAGAUACUGGAGGUUGGUGUCUUUAUUUAAUCCUCAAAUUUUUUAUUGCAUUUGAAUGAACCUAAAGUCAAUGACUUGUGUAAAAAGCCUGGGUUAGAGCAUUUACUUUUAGCAGAAAGAAACUCAAUUUUUGGUAAUAUGGGUCCUGUACCAGAUACAUAGAUUAUAUUUCAAAGACAUUGGAAUCCCCAAUUCCAGAGCUUGUCCUUUUUUAUAUGUAAGUUGCAUAAACUUUGAAAUGAUUGCUUUGACACUUUUAAAAACAUGUUCAGUAGUGCUAGAUAGAUAAUGUUAGAUAUGCUAUCAUUUUUCUAUAACUUGUGGUAUGUUCAAUAUGCAAUUCUUCCACCAAACACAAUUAGAUACUGCCCGUUUUUCUCUCCUCGCAUUAUCCAUUUCCCUGUCUCUCCCGUUCUUCCAAGUACGAUCAUCAUUACCCUAAUUCCUCAAAUAAGAGCCGGGGGUGAUUAUUUCUUUUUUUGAACAAAAAGGGGGCGAUUUUUCGAGGAAAGGUGAUUAUUUGCGGAAGGUAAUAAUUCCAAAUAUUGCUCUCUGAAAGUCGUUUGUUUUAUUUUGUCAUUAAAUUAAAAAAUAAUCACAUUGAAUUAACUGAUCAUGGGCUUUUUAAGUGUUCCAAAUUUAGUUCCUUGAUCAAUUUUCAUAGCUUGAAUCAUCACUGAUCAGUCUGGCAUGAAUCACAUUGCACUUCAACUUGACAGGGAGGGGAUAAAAGGAAGAGAAGAUGAUGAGAGGAGCGGCGGGGAGGCGAUUAUUUUAAAUAUCUCUGUCCAAGAGGGGUGAUUAUUCAACGUACGCGAUUAAUCGAGGGACAGCUAUUAUUUGAGGAAAUAUGGUAUCCUCCAAUAAAUCAACCAACUUUUAAAUAAAGGCUUUCCUUUUUCUACAAAGAUCCAUGGGCAAGUUGAGUUGAGUUUAGGCCAGUUUGUUGACGUGGCCGUCAAGCAAUAGAAACAUUUUCUGUGUUUGCAUAGCCUGAUAUAAACACUAGACUGGGGUUGGGAGAAUUCGAGACAGUUUUGCAAACCCAAGACGAAGUCUAGGUUUUGUUUAACUAUUGAGAAUUCCCCCAACUCCUCCUGUGCUUUUAUUAGGCUACACAAAUACAGGAAAAAAGUUUUCUAUUGCUUUUAUAUAUUAACUUUCCCAAGAAAAAAAUGCCAAACGAAGCCCUAGGAUUUUGCACUAAUGAUUGCUUUUGUACCAUGUUGUUACCGUGAUCUUGAAAUAACGGAACCAAAACAUAGUGUCCCAGUGACAUAUCCUGAAACUGAUGAAGAGGCCCAAAUCUCUUUUGUGAAUAGACAAGAUCUGUGGUGAACAUUUCAAGCGAGUUUACUUCUUCAGUUGGAUCAAAGAGGAGUCUGGGGCUUUAGACACUUUAAUGCACACACAUUUAGCUCUUGACUUUCUUCUGUCAUUUUAAUAGACAUUGAAGUGUUUUUGUAAAUAAUAGUACACACUGAUCUUCUUUAAUUUUAAAGUAUGUUUAACAACUUAUUUCUGUUCUUUAGACGAAAUAAAAAUGGUUUCCCAUGAAUUUUCACAGAACCAAAAAAUUGUUACAGAUGGUUUCCCACGAUCUCUGGGCACGGAACUGAAAGAUUGUUAUUCAUGGGAUUUGAAAUCCUAGGGCUUGCAAAACUCUUUUUAAAUGGCACUGAUAAAAAGAGAAAUUCUUACCAGUCACGAAGUCUUGUACACAAAUGCUUGCUCUCAUAAUCAGUUCUCUUUUUGUGAAAAAGGUGCUUUCCAAAAUAUGGAUUUUUCUAGCUUAAAAUGUCAGCUUAAUCAAAAAAAAAAAAUGGGAAUGGGUAAAUAAAGUAAACUUGUCAAGUUUUCUAGUCAAAAACUUUUUCAAAUUUGUGCUUGCGUAAUGUGGCUUAAAUACGAUCAAUCGUGGCUGGCUGAAUGUGUCUUCUUCUUCCAUGCUAUCAAGCUUUGAAGGACCAAAUGUACCUCUCUACAUGAAAGCCUUUAUACUCUGAUUGGCUUUUGUGCAUGAUAAGAACAUUGUUAUGUCGGCAUACAAAUGUACAGUUGUAUGUAUUCAAGUUACCUUCCAGUGACUUUUUGUAUGUGUUAACAGGCUGGGCGCAUGUUGUUUGUGCACUAUACAUUCCUGAAGUGAGAUUUGGAAAUGUUACAACAAUGGAGCCAAUAAUUUUGGCCUCAGUGCCACAUGAUCGCUUCUGUAAGGUACUGCAAACAUGUUUUAUAUUGUGAUCCAUAUUAAAAUAGACUAAUGCAAAAAAUUCUUUGUACUCAAUUUACAACUAAGUUAGUAAGUCAAAGAAAUUGACUUGUCCACGAUUUCCUAGGUAGUGAUGAAUAAUGUGAGGCACCAACUUGAAACUUGGACUAAAGUGCUCAGUUGUGGUUUUCUUUAUUAAUUUGGCUCCUUGUGAAUGCUCAAGGUUUAUCCAACCUACCAGAAGGGGACACCCCCUGUAAGCCUCCCAUAUUCUCUUUUCUGAUAUGCUGUUGAUGGGCAACUCCAAGUUUAGCAUUAAAAGGACAGUAGGGCCAUUUAUACAAGGAAAAAUAAGACGCGUCUUACAUAGGACGCGUCUUAAAUAAGAUGCGAACUUUCCGUAUAAACGGCACAUUUCAUCUAAAAUAAGACGCAGCUUACCUAAGACGUGUCUUAUUUUAGAACAGCCCACAACACCUGUUCUUAGAUAAGACGCAUCUUAGCUAAGACGAGAAAAACUUCGUAUAAAUGACCUUUGCGUCUUAAAUAAGACGCGAACGCAUAGCUCGCAUGCGUUAAUUUUUGGCGCGCCGCGUUGGAUUGCCGUUGCUACAGGCAACAUUUACAUGAAAACGAGUCAAAAACAGAAAUAAGACUUGAACCAUUUAUACGAGCUGUUCUCGUCUUAGAUAAGACGCGUCUUAUUUUUCCUCGUAUAAAUGGCCCUUAUGUGAUAGGUCAGAGAUUGUGAUGACAGUGUGUGCCAUCGUGCCCAUGCUCUUGAAUGUAGGGCUGUCAAAAGUAGCUAGCUGCCAGCAAAAAUCACUGCCUACUUGUUACUAUUGGCCGGCUACUCUACUUGGCAUUUCUUUACAGAUAGCAUUUUUUUAAAUAAAAUAUCCCUGGACUGGCCACUUACUUUGACAACUCAGCUGUCUACUUCAAAAUUUUCUGACAACCCUGAGAAUGGGUUUUUUAGUGAUUUAUUGGUAACAGAACAUCGUUAGCUUGUAUUCAUUAAUGAGCGAACCUUUGUGUAUUGUACAUGUACUUCUAGUGUAAUUAACAGAAAAUUAAGGGGAAUAUUCUUGUGAUAUUCCUUGUUUAAAGAUCAGUUUAAUUUAUCCUUACAACUCUUCUUUUUUUUGAUUAAGCGGAAAUACUGUUUGUGUAUUACAUGUAUAAAGAAAAGGAAAAAUAGAUGCUGGUCAUUUUAUGUAUUCAAGUGGAUUAAUGUGAUCCUUCCAGUUGGUUUGAUUUGUUUGUUAUAUCUUUGCAUUUGUUAUCAGACUUGCUAUAUUUGUGAAGAAAGAGGACGAGAGAGUAAAACAGCACAUGGAGCCUGUAUGAACUGUAACAAGACUGGCUGCAGGCAUGCUUUCCAUGUUACUUGGUAUGGCUUUAUGUUGCAUAUCUGGCAUUAAUAAAUUUUUUCUUUUACAUAUAUUAUGUACAGGUUGUGAAUAAAUGUGAUUCCUGUUCAUAGUUGUCAUGUACUGUGUUGCAUUUUAGCGCUCAGAGCUCUGGCUUGUUAUGUGAAGAAAAUGAUGGUCAGUCAGGACCUACUGUCAAGUAUGUUGGUUAUUGUCAGUUCCAUUGGAAUAAAAAGGUACUGGUUUUGUCUUUUGAUGUUUAGUUGAUUACUUAGCUCUUAUUAACCGAGCGGGAGGUCUGUAUGGGAGAAUCUUGAAUGAGGUCGCUAGUACAGAUGGAACGCAGUGAGGUCUGUACCAGCAACCAAGGUCAAGAUUCUCCCAUACAGACCGACCUAGUUCGGUUAAUAAGAUGUUAUUAUGUGGCCAAACAAGAAAGCAAAGGAACAAAAACAUCAAUUUCGACUUCAUCUUUGCUUGUAGCUUCCUCGGAAGGACUCAAAUUUGCCAAUGUUUGCUUGUUUUCUUUACCUGCUUCCUCGUGAAGGUCCACUGAUUCUUCCAUAUAGUAUUAUUAAUAGGAACAAGCCAAUUUUUUCAUAUUCUUUGUUUGUAACAUUUUGAGGACAACUGUUACAACAAGACCGGUCUAGAUGCCGGUGUAGAUGGGAAAAUCUAGACCGUGGUCAAAAUCAAUUUUAGCCAAUCAAAUUCUUGAAUUUGUUUGUUCCUAGUCCUUUUGAGACAUGGCCAUAUAAUAAAUACCACUCUUAUUAACCUCAUCCGUUGGAUCAUUACAGGUCAAUCUCAGACCGAGGCCUUGUAUCUAUAUUAAUUAAUAUUAUUAAUUUAUUAAUGAUAGCAAGGUCAAUACAUCAAUGCCUCAGUCUGGGAUUUCCCUGUGAUGACUGAAUGGAUGAGGUUAAUAAGUUAUUUAUUAUAUGGUAUUUUUAGUGCAAUAAUGUAGAACACCCGAAGUAAUUGAGCCUGUGAUCAAUCAAAGCCAAUAACUGGUCAGCAGAUAACUUAAAAAACACGUCGCCUCAGUGCGUUUUACACUUGACAGGGUUUGUAUAGAGUCUUGAAUUCUUGAAAAAGUCUUGAAAUUUGCCCAGUAAUUUUCCAGUCCUGGAAAAAGUCUGGAAAAUGGAGAGAAAGUUUGGGAAAAUGGUCUUGAUUUUUUCUUUCACAGCUACAGAAGGUGCUUUAUGAGUACAAUUUUUUUCUAUUGGUCAAAUCUUAUUCAAUCUCGCCUGUACAUUUGCAGGGCAUCAUGAAAAAAGCUUUGUUCCUGCGUCUUUUAGGUUUCUAUUGAUCACAUUUUGAUAACCUCGAGUCUGGAAAAAGAAAGUAUUGUUUUGGAAAAAAGUCUGGAAAAAGUCUUGAGUUUCGGAUCCAAAAAUCUGUACGAACCCUGACUUCAGCCCAUCAUACAGACAUGUGACAGUGUUCAGUGCGUACCCUUUUUUGACAGCUAUCAAUUGACCAUAACAUAGAUGUCCACUAUCAAAUUAAACACAGUCGAUGACUGCAUAUGCCUUUGACACCUUGCUUAUAAUGAUGAUCUCUGGUCAUUACAAGUAAAUUUUGUUCGCUCAGCGACCAAUCGGAGCACGAACACUAUUGUAGCCAUGUAAUAGCGUGCGUUAGAAUUUUUUGGCAUUCAGGUGGUUAGUUCCAUAGUACUAUAAAAAUUUUUUAAGAAUAAAGAGGGCAACAUUGGGUUCAGCACACAAAUUUAAGGCCAUUUAAAUUUUCCAGAACGAGCUUAAAACAGUACAUGUAUACAAGGUCAGUGAACCCUUGGGUGCAAUGUCACUUACAUAUCCUGUCUAGGGGAUAGAUGUUGUUGGUAAAAUCCAGAGCUGUAAAUUAGGGCCAUAACAAGAUUCACCUUUACGGCUGAGCUGAGUAGGUGACACUAAAAAAAAAGAGCACUUUAUUUGAGUGUCAAUGUAUUUAGCACCGUGCUAACUGGGGACACUAUUUUUACGUCUCCUAAUGGAGACGGGACCGCCAUUUUACGUGGUCAUCCGAGCCACGCGAAGGUCUCGCCGCCUGCAGGGCAAAGGAAGUACCUUCAUUUCUCAGUUAUUGGUCCGGCCCCGGGAAUGGAACCCGCGACCUCCCGCUCUGCAGUAAAGCGCUCUAUCGACUGAGCUAAUCCUGCCGCGGUGUCGUGGUUGGAAAAUCAUUAUUGCCAAUGUGUCUAGUUUCACAAUAAAGCUCUUUGAUGCACGAGUGAUUACCAAAAAUACAAGUACAGUACUUCAGCAUCCCUCUGCCUCCAAAAGGAAAACUAUAUUGAAAUCCAGCAGGUGUCCUUAAACUAGGGUUUAACUGUAUUUGUUGUUGAUAAUAAAUUAGUUUUGUAAUUCCCUAACAGGCCAAAGGCAUUCUUUUCAACACCAAACCAACAGACAAACCAGGAAAAAUAACUGACAAAGAAAAAGAAAAGGACAACAAAGAAAAAGAUAAAGUUGAUAAAGAAAAAGAGAAAGAGAAAGAGAAACCUAAAAACAAGACUGAUAAAGAAAAGGAAAAGAAGCCUCUCAAGCCGAGACUUUCUACUGGCGCUGCAGCGGCAUCUACCGAGCAGUCAACACGACCUGAAAACGGUGCUUCUGGUUCGACAAGUCAGCCCUCUACUCCAAAACAGAGAGGUAGAAAGCCUUCGACUGUGAAAGUAUCAACUGAUUCUCCAGACGCAAAGACAACACCCGAGACGCAAAAACCUGCGAGCAUUUCAAGCGGUAGCCCACGACAGUCACCCUUGCCAGGCUUGGUACAGUUACCUACAGAACCUGUUCAAAUUGAUAGUGCUGGUCCAGUGUUGUCCACCAAGGACGGUCCAGUGUUGUCCACCAAGGACAUGACCUCUCCGAGAGCAAUGUCAUCUACAGUGCUUGUUCCAGAAAUGAUUCCUAAAACGGUCACCACUCACUUGCAAGAAAUCUCUCAGACUGCCACUAAUGUUCUUUUUCCUGAGAUAACGAAACCAAUGGACGUGAUAAUGUCACCUAUAACAAGUGCACCCAAACAAACGCCAAAACAGCCUGCGGCGAGUAGUGUCCCAAAACAGCCUGCGGCGAGUAGUGUCCCAAAACAGCCUGUGGCGAGUAGUGUCCCAAAGCAACCGCCAGCAAGCAGUGUGCCCAAGAAACGGCCUGCUAACAAGGGUGGUGAUGAACCGAAGAGAAAAGUUGGCAGACCGCCCUUGAAAUCUAAGGCAAAUGCUUCAAUCGGAGAUCAUAAGAAUAACGUUCGUACUUCUGCCGCUAACCUGGUGACGUCUCCCUUGAAUACAGCAUUUCCCUCUACCUUUCCCCAAGAUUCUCAAGGAACAUCCACGGCAAUGCCUUCAUAUCCCAGCUUUUCAAGCCCGGGUAUGUUCAGUGGGAGCAACCAAGGGACCAGUGUUCCUCAGAAUGGUCCCCGGACGCCAAGUCCUAAUCCGUAUAUGAUUCCACAGCCCCGCAACAGAGGACUGUUGGAAAAUGGGCAUGUACAAAGACCCAAUAAUGUGAACCCAGGCCCCUUGUAAGUAUCUGAAAUACAAAUAGCUGCAGCAGGGUCCAUGGGCAUUCUUUUUUAGGUUUCAUUUAGCGUGAUUUCAUUUAGGGGGUGUUUACAUGAGAAAACUCGCACCAGCGCGAGUCUCAUACCGGGAUGACUUUUUGAUUUCGUAUCGGAUUUACAUUAUGACUGAGUCAUUUAAUAUCUCGAAAUUUGAAGGUACACUUCAUGUUGAUAAAAUAGACGUGUGAUUCAAAAUCGCAAACAUUGCGCAUGCGCUACCCGUUCCAGUCUACCGGCAGACCGAUUUCACACCGAAACGGGUGGUCGUUUCGCGUUUACAUGAUACCGCUGCAAGAUUUCGUACCGGGGUGAAAUUCUCGCCCCGGUAAAAGAACCGGGGUGAACUCGCGCCGGGGUGACUCGUGUCGGCAUGACAUUUUGUGGUAUCAUGUAAACAAAUAUAGAGCCAUGAGAGGGAACAGGAGUGAACUCGUUCCGGGGCGAAAGUCGCCCUGGUGUCAUGUAAACACCCCCUUAUUAGUACAAGUGUGGGUAUUAAGGGAUAUGUGGAACAAUAGCCUGAGAAAACAAACAAAAUUUUGGGAACCCACCUCUGGUUUUCUUACGAAAUAACGUCUGGGGAACCACUGGAGAAAUUCCAUACUGAUGACGUGUCACUCCCCGGUCUGAUUGGAUAAAGCAAAGGUUCAACUAAUUAUUAGAACAAGGUUCGUAAAGAAUCUUGAAUUCUUGAGAAAGUCUUGAAAUUUGCCCAGCAAUUUCCAGACCUGGAUACAGUCUGGAAAAUAGAGUUGGUAGAAAAUGGUAAAAGUCUUGAGUUUCUGUUUUGUUUUGUUUUGUUUCUUUUUUGAAAGCUACAACAAGUGCUUAAUCAAUGAAUUUGUUUUUGUUUUGGUCAAAUCUUAUUCGAUCUCGCCCGUCUUUUUGCAGCGCAUCAUGAAAGAAGCUUUGUUCCUGCGUUUUUAAGGUCUCUAUUGAUCACCUUUUUGAAGUCUGGGAAAAUAAAUUAUUGUUUUGGAAAAAGUCUUGAAUUUUGGAUCAAAAAAUCUGUACGAACCCUGUUAGAAGUAGCGACGCGUCAUAAGUAUGGAGUUUCUGCGCUCGUUUCUCAGACGUUUUUGUUGUCUGUUUUCUCAGACAAAAGAAAUUCUAAAAAUUAAUGUCGAUAUUUUUUACAUCUGAUUUUUAGUUUUCUUGAGAGCAAAAGGGUUGAUUAUUGUAAUUAUUUUUCCCUUUCUUUGCAGGCAGCUUCCAACGAGUUUGGAGGAACUGCUAGAGUAUCAGUGGGAUCAGGGAGCCCAGUUUCUUAUGCAACAGGCCUCCCAAUAUGAUGGUAAGAAUUGCAUACAAAAACGUCUGACAAUAUCGGAAGGGGUCUGUCAUACAGCUAUUUCGAGAAAGGUUGUCGGAAAAAAUGUGCACGCGACAAUCCCGAAAGGUAAUAUGGGAUAUGAUCAACACACUGAUCCUGACGCUGUAGCUGCCGAACCUACUUUUGUUGCUUUCCUUUAGCACUCACAGACAUAUGUCCAUGGCCUCUCCUGCCAUUCUAUCAAAUUUCUUUGAAAAAAAGUGAACUCAAAACCACCCACAAUACCUUUCGGGUUUGUCACGUGCUAUUUAUCCGACCACCUUUCUCGAAAUAGCUGUAUAUGUCUUUAUGUGGAACCUUACCAAAUUAUAUUUGUAAGUGCUGUAAGUAUCAGUGUAGUAAAAUGAGGAAACGCGUAUCAGUCAAGUAAAUAGUAAACUUUCAAGGAUCAAGGAUGAUUUUCAAGGGCCAAUUUCAAAUGACAAACCGAGAAGAGUGAAGCCAAAAUUUUACGCAUUUUCUACAUUCUUCUCUUCAGAUGACGGCGUAUUUUGGAAAUACCAUAUUUUGUUAGUCCAGUUUCUUUGAGAUUCAGGAACCAUGUAACAUACCUUGUAAACUUCAAUUUUUGGACAGUAGAUGCAACACCAGACAUGGAAGAAAGUAUUGAACUCACGACCUUCUGUUACAACUCUCUAACCACUCAAUCUGGGCCAGGUAGUGAGAAUAAAGUUAGGUUUCAAUGUUGUGAAGGUGCCGACAUGUAAACGACGAAUGUUGUAGGUGGAAGUGUAGUUUUAUGCCUCUUUCGUAUGCGUUUUUUUGCAGUUGCUUCACUGAUGUCCAGUCUUCAUCAGCUGAAAGCUGACAACACUCGCCUCGAGGAGCGUCUCGCCUCCUUGACAAACCGGAAAAACCAGUUACUGCAAGUCAACGCUCGACUAGCCACGCCCAUGUCUUGCACAAGUACAAACCUAACAGUCACUCCCAGUGUGGUGAGUCAAUCCACUCCAACCUCCUCUAGAGCUGCAACGGCCGCAUCACAAGGGUCACUAUCCACUGAGACAAAAACGACCCAGAGCCUUGAGGGACCACGUGGAACCAUAAAAGCAGGGGCUGACGGGGCACCUAAGCUGAAAGUCUCUCAAAGUUCUGAUGGGGGAAAGGUCCCUUUAGUUAGUGAGGGCAAGGCCCCCAUGAGCGCCAAUGUUAAGCCAGGGAGCAUCACUGGAGGUAAUCAUCAGUGUUUAAUAAAUUUUCCAAGGUGAAAUAUAUACCUCUAGCCGAUUUUUUAAAAACCAACCUAGCGAAAUUUGCCGUCAUUUGAGUGAAAAGGCGUCGGAAAGCAAAUUGUUUGGGCCCUAUAAACUCCAAAAUCACACUAACGAUGGAAAAGGAAAGGAAAAAAGAAUGAGCGAGGAGGAAGAAAGGAGAAGAGGAGAAAAAAGCGAUGGUUGCACUCUUAGUUAUUGUAAUGGCUACUUUGGAGAUAGUUUUGGACGAACUGUUGGACGCAAAAGGUCCAUUUGGUAACGCCAGCCUGAUCACCCCUUAGUUCAGUGUGCGAAACGAAGUCCUAUAACCAAAUUAUUGUGUCAAUACCAAACGGUGAGAUUCUCAUCAUUGGAAUAAUAUAUAUAUGGUAACAAUGGUAACAAACCUCAGUACCCUGAUUGCCAGAGAUAUUUCUUGCACGGUUUCAGGUUUCGGUCAAACCGAGGAGUUUUAUCUUCGCCGCUCGUGGCUUCGAUCCCGCUGCGCUCGUUAAAAUUAACCUCUUGUUCUCAGGGUUAAACAAACGUCUUUAAUUAUUACUUUUUUAUCAGGCGAACAGAGAAUGGUAAAUGGGGGAGUAGUCAAGGAUAACAAGACGAAGGAGCCGCAAGUCAAGCGCCCGGAGACGUGCUUUAGUUCUGUACAGGGCAUUUCCUCGUCUUCGCCAUCCUCAACUUUACAGAAACAAUCUCUCAAUGUAGGUGGCUUGGUUCUGCAGCAGCCGAAGACAAACUCUCCUCAACAGAUUCAGCAGGAAAAGCAGUUCAAGCCGACACAGGUAAACGCCACAUUACAGCCGAUUAUGGUCUCAGCGCUGGCCACUUCGAAGCCCGCCCAACAACAACAACAACAGCAUCAGCAACCGCAAUUACAGCCACGCUUUCAGCAGCAAAAAAUAAUCCUCCCCCAGCCGUCGCCCACAAGCGUAGCAUUUUCGCAACCACAGCAAACGCCCAGUCAACAGCACGUCCUCCUACAGCUUAUAAAACAACAGGAGGACCACCACCGCUUGCCCAACCAGGCCACAUUCGGCCUGGACAAACAACAACUAGGGACCCAACAAGCGCAGGCCGCAAAGUUGUUACCCACCACGGGUCCAAAUCAGGGGCACUCACUGUCGCUUUCGUACCCUGGGUUUUUGACAUUCACGGAUCAAAUGGCACUAAGUGGGGCCCGCGUGGACAUGAUGAAAGCCACACACUUAGCGCCUCUUUCCAUGGUCUCCUUAGACGGCAGUCAGGCGGGGGCUAAGGACCGUGCUCAGGUAUGCCCUAAUAAAUACAUUUAAACCCCAUUUACACGCGCGAAAAAAGUUGGCACUGCACACCAAACUUUUGGCACCAUGCCUCGUUUACCCGUGCCGAGACUACCUCCGGGAGGAAGCGGGAGGUAGUCUCGGCAUCCCUAAAAUUUUGAGCACUGGUGCUACAUUACAUUUGAGACCGAUACGUUUACACGUCGAAAAUUGGGAGUGCCGUGCCUUAAAAUCGUCAGCACGGUGCCAAACAUUUUGCGUGCCGUGCCAAUUUUUUUAGCACGUGUAAAUGGGGUUUUAGUUACACAGGGUUCGUACGCAUCUUUAGAACCCGAUACUCCGGCUUAAGACGAGCACCUUAGGUUGAUGUUUGUCGCUCUCUAGUCAUGAGGGAGCUUUAGCAACCGCGACUCUGGCGACGGCGACGAGUUUCAGAUCCAAGGUUAUUUAACAAUUAUUCCUUGAGUCCGAAUGGGGCUAUUGACUAAGAGGCCAUGAGGGCGAGAAGAAUAAUUGUUUUAGUAAAAUCCAACUAGUUGAUCAAAAAUGUCGAGAAUAAAAAAUAUUUAGCUAGUUACUGAGCUAGACUUUAAUGCUUUUUUGCCGCCAAAAAACCGGCGCUAGUGGGCCAUAACAUAUAGCCUAGUAGUAGCUCAACCAAUCAGAACGCAGCAUUGAUAAUAGACCACUAGUUGGAUUUUACUAAAAAUAGAGAGCUUCAGAUUUGUGUACGAGUACGAAAUUUAACUUAAAGUUUUUGCGCAUGUUCUCAAAAAAGGACACCUCGGAAAGCUUCAUUUUACUAGUUUUUUAACGAAAAAGGUUAGUACGGUUAUUUUUCUGAAGGAGGUUAAGCCCUCUCCCGAUAGCAAGGUGAUAAAACUUCUUACAUUUGAUAACUUGUUUCCGCCACUACGACAUUCUCGCUAUAACUCGCGGUAGAAUGACGACGGCCAUCACAUUGUCCCGCCAAAAUGACGCUGGUUCACGCUUAAGCAGUACUCAGUAUUGAGAAAAUCUCGUACUCGUAGUCGUCUUCGUCUCAGAAUCUAAAGCUCUCUAUUAAUGUAUGAUAACGGAACAACUAGAGAACAUCUUGCAGGAGAAAUAGACUGUUUUUGGUUUAAAAAAAUAAACUGUCUUGCCCAUUAAUAUUUGUUUUGUGUUGACAUUCCAAAAAGCAAUAUCGUAGCGCUAAGAAUUGAAUACCUGGAGCAAUGAUUAGCAAAGUUGGUUAUUGCGCGGCCUUCUGUGAGGACGGUUCCGAGUUGGUUUCCCAGGUGUUACCUCGUUGUUUCGACGUCUUUCCUCGCCGAGUAGCUGAAAGUAGCUUUGAAUACCCGUAAACACUGAUGGAGAGACGGGGGUAAAAUGGGCACUCCGUCGGCCUCAGGUUUGUCAGUCAAAUGUGUACUGUACGAGUUACCCACGUAAAAUAAGAAACUUUACCCCACCUUAACAUUGUUUUAUCUUUCCAUCUUACAUUGUUUUCCUUUUUUCUUUCUUUCUUUGCAGUAUUUCGACCUGGACAAAAGUUCAAAUUCCUUGGAGAAAACUUCGAGAAAUGGGUAGCGGUCGUUCAUCAAUCGUCAUAUUUCAGAGGGAAAUAUCGACUAUCUGCUGUUCCGGGAACAUGUAUCUUAGAACGAACAGUAAAAUGCCAGCAAAGAAAACUCCAACGGAUCAGUGAAAGCGUGAACAGUACGAACGUAACACUGGCCGUUGUUUUGGCUGAUGAGAACAAUGUACAAUACGGUUUUUAUCGUUGCUUAACGAAAUUGGUUCUCUUUAGAACAUGUUAUUUCGCAAGUAAAGCAUAGAAUGAGGCCAAUUUUAUUGAAGAGCUUACGCAAACACGACAGCGACAGCAACGAGAACGGCUAAUAAGCAAUAGGUUUAAUGAGCAAAACAAUUCUGCACAUGCAUCCCACUUCUUGGUAUGUAUCUUUGCCUUCACUGCACGACAACGAAGUAAAUCUUCGUAACGACACAUUUUAUGACGGACAUAAACGCAAGGAGACGAUUUUUGUUCUAGUUUUCCGAAUUUGGAUACAAUCCUUUUAGAACUCGAGUCCAGAAAAGUUCGCGUAGAGAAAAAUUCGGGAGGCGAGUUAGAGUAAUCGCAAGGACGUUUGAAACACAGGAGUCCUGUUUUUUUGUUCUGUUACCGUCGUGGUUGUUUAAGGAGCUGUACAUUACGUCUUCUUGAGCAAGAAGUCACCCGAACGCUUCUGUUCUACUCGCUCAUUUUUGUACAGUUAAUCUGUUAUCAUUCGCCUGAAACAUUUCCUGUCUUUCUCCUUUCUAUUUAUUUGACCACUUUCUUUGCCAGACUUUCUCGAUUCUAGAGUUACAACAUGUCCUUUCGCUCAAUGUCAAAGGGAGAGAAGAGCUUUCUUCUUCCGUUUCCAUCGCUCGCUUAUUGUAUUAAUCAUCUUAUCACUUCGUCCUUUUUCAAGUUUAUACGGCUUGUACAUAAAAUGUAUUCACAAACAUUUAUUUUGAGAUCAUAAGCCCUGGGUUUAGCUUUUGUAUACACAAGACACUUUGCCUAAAGACUGUUUUUAUGGUUUUUAUUUGAAACAGCCGGGUAGUUAAAUGAAAUGCGUACAUGUAGCCAUUCGUCACUUUAGAAACCAGAAAGAAACUGGACCGAGUUGACGUUCGCAAAGACUUCUGGGAUGGUUACUAGGGAAAGGGAAAAAAUGACCAAUAGCUGACCGACGCGUCCCCAGUAGCUAUCCCAGAAACAGUUGCGGGGCGCAUUUCGGCGCCAGUUGCCUUCUCGUUUCUAUAAGUGGCGAAUUGAAACCAAGGUCACUGAGCAGUAGCAGUGUCUCUGUGUGUCGCUGCUUAUUGUGCUUUUCACUCGGGGUAAAAAAAAUCCAAACGUUUGACGGUCCAAUAAAACUGAUUUAAGUACUCUCCUUGAGAUUUCCAUGAUGUCUAUUUGUGUGUGUGUC